AUGGCCUGUGAAGCGCAGAUGGGCCCUGGCGGUGCGGCUGGCCCCUUACCCACCUCCUCUCCUGGCUGGAGUGCCCUGCCGGUGGGGAGCCCUCCUGGCUGGGGGCAAGAUCUCCGCAAUGGCCAGGUCCUUACGGUUCUCCGGAUCGACAAUACCUGUGCACCCAUCUCCUUUGAUCUGGGAGCCGCAGAGCAGCAGCUGCAGACCUGGGGCAUUCAGGUCCCGGCUGACCAGUACAGGAGCUUGGCUGAGAGCGCCCUCUUGGAGCCCCAAGUGAGAAGAUACAUCAUCUACAACUCCAGGCCCAUGCGAUUGGCCUUCGCUGUGGUUUUCUAUGUGGUGGUGUGGGCCAACAUCUACUCCACCAGCCAGAUGUUUGCCCUGGGCAACCACUGGGCCGGCGUGCUGCUCGUGACCCUGGCCGCGCUGAGCCUGACGCUGACUCUCAUGCUCAUCUUUGAGAGACACCAGAGGAAGGCCAACACCAACACGGACCUCAGGCUGGCGGCUGCCAACGGAGCCCUGCUGCGACACCGCGUGCUGCUGGGCGUGACGGACACGGUGGAGGGCUGCCAGAGCGUGAUUCAGCUCUGGUUUGUCUACUUUGACCUGGAGAACUGUGUGCAGUUUUUGUCUGAACAUAUUCGAGAAAUGAAAACUAGCCAAGAGCCCUUGCUGAGAAGCAGGUUGAGUCAACUCUGCGUUGUCAUGGAGACUGGGGUGAGCCCCACGACGAUGGCAGAGGGGCCUGAGAACCUGCUGGAGGAAGCUCCUCUCCUGCCCAGCAGUCCCCGUCCCACAGAGAGGCCACUUGUGCAGACUGAGCUUCACCAACUGGUUCCAGAGGCUGAGCCGGAGGAAAUGGCCCAGCAGCUGCUGGCAGUUUUUGGCGGCUACUACAUCCGGCUCCUGGUGACCUCCCAGCUCCCCCAGGCAAUGGGGACACGACACACAGACUCUCCAAGGGUUCCAUGCCCCUGCCAACUCAUAGAAGCCCACAUCUUGGGCACGGGGUGCUGCCCGUUCCUGGCCAGGUGA